AUGGUGCCUAGUAGUUGUAAGGGGAUAUAUAAGAUGAAGUACAAAGCUACAGAAGAGGUGCAGAGGUUCAAAGCCGGGCUGGUGGCCAAAGGUACAGCCAACAGGAGGGCAUUGAACCAAGAAACAUUUAGUCCAGUAGUUAAGAUGGGCUUUCAGAUUCAGGGGGAGACAAGACCAGCAUGCAGACUUUUGAAAUUUCUGUAUGGGCUUAAACAAGCACCAAGACAGUGGAAUGCUAAGCUGUCUGAGGCACUUCUGAGGUUUGGCUUCAUGCAAAGCCAACAUGACCACUCCCUGUUCAUUAAAGGGUCAAGAUCACAAAGAGGCAUUCUAAUGCACCAAAGGAAGUACACUUUAGAGCUGAUUUAUGAGCUUGGACUGGGAGCUGCAAAACCUGCAGCAACACCUAUUGAAGCCAACAUCAAACUGACUACUAAGGAGUAUGAUGAACAUACUAGCAGCUCUAAUGCAACUGAUGAUGAAGUGUUAAUAGACAUCAGCCAAUAUCAAAGAUUACUGGGGAAACAACUCUACUUAACUGUCACAAGGCCAGACAUAGCAUAUAGUAUUCAGACACUAAGCCAGUUAAGAUCACAUUUGGAAGCUGCUCAAAGGGUGGUUAGAUAUGUGAAGAACCAACCAGGCCAAGGCAUACUGUUGUCUAGUAAACAAAGAAACACUAUCACUACAUAUUGUGAUGCAGACUGGGCAGCUUGCCCUAUCACUAUGAAGUCAGUAACAUGCUUCUUCAUCAAGUAUGGUAAUUCCCUGAUAUCCUGGAAGUCAAAGAAAUAA